AUGCCUGUAAUCGUGUUUAUGGUCCACAAGAAAGCAAUGACAACUCCCUUGCUGAUGCAAUGACUGAAGCUUCUCAUGCAGCCAAAAGAUUCUACAAUCAGCGUAAUAUAAUUUUGAAUAGAACACACACUUUAGUUUUAGAUCUUUUGAAAACUGAAGAUGAAUUAAAUACAAUCAAAAAAGAGGGAGGAACAAACUUGAAAAAUGAAAAAGACUUGAAAAAAGAAAAUGAAAGAUUGAAAAAAUUAUUGGAUCAACGAAACGCUGAAUAUCUUGGAUUAACUAAUAAAAUAGAUGAAUACGAAAUGAUUUUAGCAAAUCGAUCUAAUGAAAAUAAAAAAUCU